CCACACUAGCUAGCUACUGACUACAACCAUUGCAUUUAUUACUCUUCGUAAACUGUUUGAUCGGAUACAGAGGUGGUUAAAAUAAAAAAGGAGGGAUGUCUAAAAGUGAGACUGAGGAGAUGAUUGAGAUUGAAAUUGAUGGCCAGGAAAAAACAGAAUGCCUGGAGGAAGGGGUUGAAGAACAGACCAUCACGUCAGCGGAACUGAUCACACAAGACAUUGAUAUCAAUGAGCCCAUUGGCAACUUGAAGAAGUUGCUGGAGCCCCGUCUCCAGGUUGCACUGGAUGGAUAUGAAAUCUGUCUGCAGGACAUUCAGUUACAUCCUGAUCACAGCCUUUUUGAUCAAGGAGUAAAGACAGAUGGCACUGUGCAGCUCAGUGUACAGGUUAUCACCAGACAAGGAGAGGAGAAACUGAACAUCUUGGAGAUAGUGAAGCCAGUGGAGACGGUGGAGGUGGUGAUUGAUCCGGAUGCAGCGGCCGGAGAGGAGGCCCAUCUGGUGGAGGACGGGCAGGUGAUCGCCGUCGAACGUUCGGCCAUCUCUGAUGACACGUCAGAACAGGUGACCCGCUGGGCAGCCGCCCUGGAGGGCUACAGAAAGGAACAGGUCCGCUUAAGCAUUCCCUACGACCCUGUACAGUGGACAGCAGACCAGGUGAUCCACUGGGCCGUGUGGGUGAUGAAAGAGUUUGGCAUAGAGGAGAUGGAGGUGGGUGGCAUCCACAUCCCCGGCCGACAGCUCUGUGCAUUCACCCAGGAAGAGUUCCUCCAAAGAGUGCCCAACGGAGAGAUCCUGUGGAGCCACCUGGAACUCCUGCGCAAGUAUGUAUUGGCCAGUCAGGAACAGGGUCAGGAGGCCACAGUCACUAUUGACCAGCCGGUGCAGAUAAUCCCCGCCCCUGUUCAGCAGGCCACGCCCACAGCCAUUAAAGUACUAAAGCAGAAUAGAGCUCCAAGAGCUCCUCGCAUCUCUGGAGAGGAGCGCAGUUCCCCUGGCAACCGCACAGGUAAUAAUGGCCAGAUCCAGCUUUGGCAGUUCCUGCUGGAGCUGCUGACUGAUAAGGAUUCCCGAGACUGCAUCUUCUGGGUUGGAGAAGAGGGAGAGUUCAAACUCAACCAGCCUGAGCUGGUGGCCCAGAAAUGGGGCCAACGUAAGAACAAACCCACCAUGAACUACGAAAAACUCAGCCGUGCCCUCAGGUACUACUAUGAUGGUGACAUGAUCAGCAAAGUGCAGGGCAAGCGCUUUGUCUACAAGUUUGUGUGUGACCUGAGGACUCUGAUUGGCUACAGCGCUGCUGAGCUUAACAAACUUGUAACUGAAUGCGAGCAGAAGAAACUUGCCAGAGUGCAGCUGCACGGGAUUGGUCAACCCGUCACCACGGUGACCCUGGCCACCGCCGCAUUGGAGAAGGAUAGCUGAAUGGUUGGAACUAGCUCCUUUAAGCCAAUCAGACGACGUGGCUGAGUCGUUGGAGAAUGUUGGGAUAACAGAUGUGACUUUGGGCAGGGUGGCAUUCAAGUGAGGUUAUAAGCAUCUGUUUGCUUUGUUAAUGAGAAGUGUGUGAGAGCGUGCGUUUGUAUAAAAGUGUGAAAGUUUCAGGGACGUCAUAGUAAGUUCCCUGAGAGAGUGAGUGUGUGGAUCCUGAGUGGGAGAGUGAGAGAGAUUGUAGAUGGUCAUGUAUGAGCUUUCUGUUUUUGUAUGCUUGUUCUCUAACUGCAGGGUAGUGUUGGCUGCAUUUCCAUUGUAUAUACUCUAUGUUUUUGAUAGCCACAAGGGCAGUGUAUUUUGAUAUUUUCCAUUUGUAAAGGAUCUGGU